UAAAACGUCAGUUUAGUACUGCAGCUUGCGCUGGGUGACCGACGAGUGCGUUUCCGUUAUCAUUUAUAAUUCCGCACUUUCACCGUAUUUCCAUUAUUUAUUAAUUUUAUAAAUAUUCGGGUCGUAUUUAGUUCAGUGUAAAUUAAAAUAAUUAAUACUCAAAACUGUGUGUUUACGAAGUGGGCAUAACAUAAUUUUUUUUGCUGAACUGUCUGGUUUUUAGUGCAUAUUUUCACCCUUUUUUGGCACAAGAUAUUUGAAAGCCAAUAUCGAAGAAUUAUAAAGAUGACCUCCGCUCAGAUGAACAAGCAACUUGCACACUCGUAAGGAAAAUGGGCCACUUCCAUCGAGCACCGUCCUUAUAUUACAUACACCAGGCCUCAGUAACGAGUUGGGUGCCUAUGCGUUGAUGGGAGGCACGGGUGGCGGAGGCCGGGCGGCGCGCGCGCUGCGCCUGCUACUCCUUCUGGUGCUGGCCCUCGCCGCCGUCGAGUAUCUCUUUGGCUCCAUACUUGACGCCUCGCCGCUUAGGACCUAUCUCUACACACCCGUGUACAACGCUACACAGUCUACGAUCAAAGCCAGCGAAAAACAGCCUUGGCCCAAACUACCUCUACAAAACUCAACUCACAAUACUCCUAUAAAUAAUACUUUAAGCCAGAACAAUACCCUGAAUAUGACUCGACGAAAUGAGACUGAGCUGAGCACACCAAUUUUACUCACUAAAAUAAUGGAGGGAAUAAAAAAUUUUGUGACUACCGAAGAUGGGGUAAAGUUCAGUGAACCUGCGAUGCCUCUCUGUGAUGGAAUGCCGCCGGACUUAGGACCUGUUUCCGUGAACAAAACGGAGAUUGAGCUGGAUUGGGUGGAGAAGAAAUAUCCUCAAGUACAUAGAGGGGGACGCUACUCCCCACCCAAUUGCACGGCCAGACAUAAGGUGGCCAUCAUUGUGCCAUACAGGGAUCGCCAACAACAUUUGGCGAUUUUUCUGAACCACAUGCAUCCUUUUUUAAUGAAACAACAAAUUGAGUAUGGAAUUUUCAUCGUCGAACAAGAAGGUUCAAGUGACUUCAACCGUGCAAAACUGAUGAAUGUUGGCUUCGUCGAGAGUCAAAAGCAGAAAGCUGGAGGCUGGCAAUGUUUCAUCUUUCACGAUAUCGAUUUGUUGCCUCUAGACUCAAGAAAUCUUUACUCUUGUCCAAAACAGCCGAGACACAUGUCCGCCUCUAUAGAUAAACUACACUUUAAGUUGCCAUAUGAAGAUAUCUUCGGCGGUGUGUCAGCAAUGACCUUGGAACAGUUUACCAAGGUUAACGGCUUCUCAAAUAAAUACUGGGGGUGGGGUGGCGAAGAUGACGACAUGUUCUACAGAAUUAAGAAGAUGAACUACCACAUAGCGAGGUACAAGAUGUCAAUAGCUCGUUAUGCGAUGCUGGAUCAUAAGAAAUCUGCACCGAAUCCUAAGAGGUACCAACUGUUAUCGCAGACAAGCAAAACAUUCCAAAAAGAUGGCUUAUCGACUUUAGAAUAUGAUGUAGUGCAGGUAGUACAACAUCAUCUAUAUACACACGUUUUAGCCAAUGUAGACGAACGUAGCUGACGAACAUACUUCGCCAAACUACUGUUUGGCGAUUCACGGUAACGCCUGUCAAUGAUAUUUCCUAAACACGCGGGAACACAUACGAAAGUCUAUACAGCAAGUGAAACCUAACAUUUUUAGUUCACGCAACAAUUUGCCUCAGUUGUUGAAUGUUUUGUCUCGCUUUUUUACAUGUCAAUGAUAAAGAUGUACAUAGUCGAUUAAAUGUGUUUACGUGAUACUUCAGCAAGAAUUCUAUUAGAAAGGAAUACAAAUAUCGUAGCGAUUUACUUAUUGCUAAAGGCACUGUUUAAAGACAAAUUGAUAUUGUUAAUAUGUUAUUUAGAAGUUCAUGUUCAUUGUGUAAACACAUUUAUUCAACGAACUGUUCAUAGUAUUGGUAACAGUAGUUGACACGUAAAUUGGCACAUCCAACGUUGCAAACAGUGUUUAGGACCCUAAUUGGGGUGGAUUUGCGUGGCCUAGCAUUUAUGAAAGCUCGAUCUGUCUCAAACUGCGCAUGAGCUCGCCAAUUUAAGUGUCAGGUACUAUUUAUGUAAUGUAAAAAUGUAGUCCAGACAGCUACUAUUUAAUGAAAUUAUUUGUGAUUCUCAUUUGUUUUUAAAAAACGUCCAAAUUGUUUUUGCAUUAUAAAUGCUUAGAUAGAAUUAUUCACUACAUAUUGCUGGAAAAGACGAAUUGUAUCCGACGUAUAUUCGAAUGAAAUGUGAAAACGAUGGACUUCUCAUUAUCAAUAGAAUAGAAAUCAUAACGCCCAUUUUAUACUUAAAUGUUUUAAAAGGCCUACACUGUGUAUCUUCGAUAUUUUUGGUUUAAGUUGGGUUCAAGAUACAGGAGUUUUUAUCUGGAAGUACUCUUAAUACUGGUGAUGGUAAUAUUACUAAAUCUACCACCCCUGGUAGUCUCGGACCCCUGAGGUAGGCACGGUGAUGGAAAGUAUGAGGAAAUCGGCAUGCUUUAAAUACAAAAAUUCGAUGGCGUGUGUCAAGCACGGAAGGUUAAUCUACUUGCAUAUUAGAAAUACAAAUCACGAAACCGAUACAGAAAUCUGAAGCUCAGACCUAUAAAGUUUUAGCCCCACUGGUUUUUUUAAGACACUAAAUUGCAAAUUUAUGAUUUUAAAUUGACGUUAGACAACUAAUUACUUCCUUUAAUAUGAGCUUUUCUAAUUUACUAUGUCUGUUAUAAAGAUUGAAGCCAUCCGUAUAUUUUUAGAACUUGACUUGAAAAAUAAGAAAGAAAAAUAACUUUAUUACACAUUAUAAGGAAAAGAAAGUAUACUAGCGCCCACGCUGAUUCCCUGACGUGGGUAGCUUGUCUCUUCCAUUGAACAAAUGAUUUUAGGUACAUCAAUAAAUUCUUCGUAACACUUAUAAUUUUUUUAAUUAAACUACUGUUGCACAAGAAUAUUUUCCGUUUCAGCAUAGUACUGGUUGAGAAGUUGCAUAAGAUUGUUAGAAUUCAGAGAUGAUUAGAUUGUUAAAAGUUUUUUUUUUAAGACAAUUCACACCAAUUGACCUAGUCCCAUGCUAAGCUGGUGAAGCUUGUGUUAUGGGUACUAGGCAACGGAUAUACAUACAUAUUAUAGAUAGAUAGACAUAUAAAUACAUAUUUAAACACCCAAGACCUAAGCACAACACCACAUGAAAGUUUGGUUGGUAAGUUUGUAAUGAAAGUUAAAGUUAAAGAAAAAACGUUGGGCUAAACAUUUUUUGGGUAUAUUUGCGUUGUGUUGUGGUCGGUGUUUGUUAAAUUACCAUCUCCAGUAUAUAAGCUACUCUUCAGGUCUUAAAAGUCUUGUUUAUUAGUGAGAAAAUCAUAGUUACCAUUGAUAUAAGGAAUCUCAAUAUUUAAAUUAGUGGACAAACAAAAUGGUAGAUCAGUCUACGUAAGUAUUAUUCGAAUCUCGCGUUUCGUUUAAAAUCAAUUUGACGUUUUCGCCGUCCUUAAACAUAAAUGUACUUACUUCAAAUCGAUGAAAUAAAUAUCGAAGAUUACACUUAGAUAUAGUUGUUGUAACUUAGGUGUUUUAGGGUAAGAGGGUCGACGCUUAAUUGGGACUCUCGUAAUCCAAUGCGUCGAUAAACGGGAGUCCCUAUUAGCUGGUAUAGAAUCUUUAUGUAAGGAAAUAUAAUCUAUAUAAUUUUUA